GCGAAACCUGCUCGGUCGCUGGGGAUUGCUUGCCAGAGCCUGCGGGCGCCAGCGGAGAUCGCAGCCCACAGCCAUGGCGGGGUCUCCCAGCCGCUCCGCGAGCCGGCGACUGCAGCUGCCCCUGCUGUGCCUCUUCCUCCAGGGAGCCACCGCUGUCCUCUUUGCUGUCUUCGUCCGCUACAACCACGAAACCGACGCUUCCGUCUGGCACCGGGGCAACCACAGUAAUGCGGACAGUGAAUUUUACUUUCGCUACCCAAGCUUCCAGGACGUGCAUGCCAUGGUCUUCGUGGGCUUUGGCUUCCUCAUGGUCUUCCUGCAGCGUUAUGGCUUCAGCAGUGUGGGCUUCACCUUCCUCCUGGCCUCCUUUGCCCUGCAGUGGUCCACACUGGUUCAGGGCUUCCUCCACUCCUUCGACAGCGGCCACAUCCAUGUUGGCAUCGAGAGCAUGAUCAACGCUGACUUUUGUGCGGGGGCCGUGCUCAUCUCCUUUGGUGCCAUCCUGGGCAAGACCGGGCCUGCACAGCUGCUGCUCAUGGCCCUGCUGGAGGUGGUGCUGUUUGGCAUCAAUGAGUUUGUGCUUCUUAAUCUCCUGGGGGUGAGAGACGCGGGAGGCUCCAUGACUAUCCACACGUUCGGCGCCUACUUCGGGCUGGUCCUUUCACGGGUUCUGUACAGGCCCCAGCUGGAGAAGAGCAGGCACCGCCAGGGCUCCAUCUACCAUUCAGACCUCUUCGCCAUGAUUGGGACCAUCUUCCUGUGGAUCUUCUGGCCUAGUUUCAACUCUGCGCUCACAGCGCUGGGGGCCGGGCAGCAUCGGACAGCCCUCAACACAUACUACUCCCUGGCUGCCAGCACCCUCGGCACCUUUGCCUUGUCAGCCCUUGUCGGGGAAGACGGGCGGCUUGACAUGGUCCACAUCCAAAAUGCAGCGCUGGCUGGAGGGGUUGUGGUGGGGACCUCGAGUGAAAUGAUGCUGACACCGUUUGGGUCUCUGGCAGCCGGCUUCUUGGCUGGGACCGUCUCCACGCUGGGGUACAAGUUCUUCACGCCCAUCCUUGAAUUGAAAUUCAAAGUCCAAGACACAUGUGGAGUCCACAACCUCCAUGGGAUGCCGGGGGUCCUGGGGGCCCUCCUGGGGGUCCUUGUGGCCGGGCUUGCCACCCGUGAAGCUUACGGAGACGGCCUGGAGAGUGUGUUUCCACUCAUAGCCGAGGGCCAGCGCAGUGCCACAUCACAGGCCGUGCAUCAGCUCUUCGGGCUGUUUGUCACACUGCUGUUUGCCUCCGUGGGCGGAGCCCUUGGAGGGCUCCUGCUGAAGCUGCCCUUCCUGGACUCCCCCGAAGACUCCCAGUGCUACGAGGACCAGGUUCACUGGGAGGUGCCUGGCGAGCAUGAGGUGAAAGCCCAGAGACCUCUGAGGAUGGAGGAAGCAGACACUCAGGCCUGACAUGCUGCUGGCCCUUGAGAGGAUGCGCUCCUUUUAGAAGAUGCUGAUUGGCUACUCUUAGGAGUUCUUUUUGAGCUCCCAUUCCUCCAGCUGCAAGAAAGGAGCCAUGAGCUGAAAGGAGGCCCCUUUCCACAGGCAGCAUCUCCAGAGGAGAGGGGUAGCAGGCUGGGAGAUGGUGGGCAGUGGGGCCGUAACUGGGUACAGUAGGGGGAACCUCACCAGAUGCCUGACCCGACUGCCUUACCAGCCUGCACAGGGGUAGAAGGGGCCAAAGUGAGGCACCCAAGUGACCCACUGGCCCCACAUCACACAGUUAGUGAAGCCCGAGCCGGGCCUGGCUGAGGGUGAUAAAUGCCACAUCUCUAA